UUAAAUGAUUCUGAAGAUAUCAAAUACUAUGUCAAUAAAUUGUUCAAUCAACCGUUUAAUUUUUCUAAAGCUAUCUGGCUGAUUUUUUCUAAUGAUGAAGAAGAGCUUGAAGACUACUUCAAAGAUACUUAUAUUCCUUUCAACUCUAAAUUUAUGGUAUCACGGAAGAACAACACAAGUCAAUACAGUGAAACUAUCCUCGAGAUAUUUAAAGUCAAUAGAAAUAGCAAACUAUUUCAUAAUAUUUUUGUAACAUGGGAUCCAAAGAAUGAUAUAGAAUUUCCUACAAAUAAUUUAAAUGGCCGGAGGAAUCAACUGUACGGUCUGAAUCUACGUACAGCAAUAAUGCAUACUUUACCCAGCAUGUCUAUUUCAUACACCAACAAUGGUCAAAUACAUGUUGGUGGAAUUUUCGGUGAAGUCAUAGACAUAUUAAAAGUAGUCAUGAACUUUACGAUGACUUACAUUAUAACAGAACAGUAUGGAAACUUUGAAGAAAAUAAAUGGACUGGUGCUGUUGGAUUAUUAGUGAGAAAUGAAUCAGACUUUUUUCCAGGAUAUUUGGGGAUGACCAGUUCAAGACUUGGUGCUAUUGAUUACACAAAACCCUUAUUUCUGUCUAACGAUCGAUUUUUCUACAGUAAACCACCACCAUCAUUGAAAUGGAACCAAUUCUUAAAACCAUUUAAUCACGAUAUCUGGUUGGCAAUUAUGUUAUCUAUUCUUCUGUUUGGUGUUGUUAUUACUUAUUUAGAAUUUAUAUAUCAAUAUAAAAAUAGAACCUCUGUAAUCAGAACCAUAUUUAUUAAAAUAAUGAUCAACCUGAUGUUCGUCUUUAGUGCAUUCUGUGGAAAGAAUGGCGUGAGAUCUAAAAUAGAUUCAAUAGCCAUUGUACAAUAUGUGAUUCAUUUAGCAGUAGUUGUUUUAUCAGCAGCUUAUUCGGGAAUUCUCAUCAGCUCAUUGACAACCAAUUCUGAUAUGCCAGACUUUAAAACAAUGAAAAAUUUUAAUGAUAACAGCAAGUACACUAUGGGCCUUCGUAGAGGAUCUACGUAUCUUCAUCUGUUCAGGAAUUCUACCGAUGAAAUAAUGAGAAAAAUGGUUGAAAAAACAAUUACAAAUAAUGGACUCACUUCAUCCAAUGCAGAAGGAUUUGAAAAAGCAUGCUCUGAUCACACUUAUGCAUUUUACACCACGGAUAUUGCUAAAAAUUAUUACAAUCCGAACGAUUGUGUAUUACUUGCUUCAGAAUCUAUCAUGAGAUUAUCGAUUUCUUUUGGUUUACAAUACAAUAGUCCAUUUAAAGAUCUCAUGAAUCACUACAUUAUGUGGUUAAGAACCUCUGGUAUAAUGAAUAGAAUUUUAAAUAACUGGGCAGAAUAUAAAUAUCAGCAAAGUGAAAGCAAUUUGAAGCCUGUUGGAUUAAUAGACGUUGCAGCUAUCGCUAUUUAUUUUAUCAUUGCUGCUAUUGGUAGUAUUAUUAUUUUAUGGGGAGAAAAAAUAUUCUACAAGAAGCGCAGACAACGAAAAUUUGCAACUGUGUUCAAUCGUUUAAUAACAAAUAAUAAAUAUCCAAUGGACAACAACUGUAUCGUCCCCAUAAAAUAAAAUUAAAAAUACUACAUCAAUUUUUUAAGAUGCACACAAUUAAUGGAAAUUUUUUAUAUAAUGGCUUUUGCUUUGGCUUAUUUAUCAUAUGAAGUUUAAAAGCAAAGAAAUGAAUGCUUCAUUUAAAAUGAACACAACAUAGAGAUAUUGAUUAUUAUAUAGUGCUAUUUAUUUUAAUAUACAGUGUUUCCAUAUUCAAUCGAAUUCUUCAUCAAUAUCUUUAAAUAACAAAAUGUUAUUUAAAUGACCUUUGAAGCAAUUAAUUUUUAUUAUAAUCUUUUUUGAUGAAAUCAGCAGCUCUUUCACCAAUCAUAGUAAUAGUUGCAUGUGGGUUACCAGAUAUCAUCUAUAAAAAAUAAUUCAAAUUAAAUAUUUAUCAAUAAAGAGUGAUGUUAAUGUUUAAAUAAUAAUGAGCACUAUGAACCUGAGGUAUGAUAGAAGCAUCCGCAACACGAAGCCCUUCAACUCCAUGAACUUUAAGUUGAGGAUCAACAACAGCCAAUGGAUCUGUUUUGGGUCCCAUUUUACAUGAGCCUCCUUGAUGAUUUUCUGUUCGUGUAUCUACAU